GGAUGGUUUCCUGAUUCAGAUGACAGAUUUUACUGCUGCAACGUUUCCUCCAAGCUGUAAACAUCUCAGCGCUGAGUACAAAUGUUCAGGAAAGGACAACACCUUCGUUGAACCAUCUGACAUGAAGCCGUUCACAGACUACAGCUGUACUGGUCUCAUCAAGAACAACGAUGUCUCCAUUAACAAGACAACUCCACCUGUCCACUUCAACAUUGACUGUGAUUUUACAAUAAAAGACCUGAUGACCAGUAGAACCACCAAUACUUCAAUUGAGCUCAGCUGGGAAACAACAAGUAAAAAAUGUCAAGAUAUUCUCCAUAAACUGGAGAAACUCUCUUAUAGCUGCAGCUGUCAGGAUGCCGAGAGAACAGCUACUGAGGAAACUGCUACAACUCAAGACAAGACGAGCAGAAAAACUGGAGGGACGUGUCAUGUUGAAAAUCUGAAAACAUUCGAGCCUUACGUCUGUAAAGUUCAUCCCAUCUAUGACGAUAAAAAUAACUUCAAAGGGACAAAUGUUACAGCAUGGACUGAUCCUGGAUACUAUCACACAGUAGGAUCGGCCGUUUUGAUCUCCCAUUUCCACCUUCUCCUCAUCAUCAUAGUCAUAGUGCAGAAUGUGACCUUCAUCUGCAGGGGGAGAGCAUCCAGAAGGAAUAAGCCACCUCCCAAACACCUUGAUAAGGAAACUCACUGAUGAGGAUCUGAUGAGGCUGAAGACCAAAACAUCAUUUAUCGUCUCAUUAAGUUAGCUUUUUUUUGGCACUAGCCUUUUUUUUGACAGCAGGCUGACAGGAAAUGGCGCUGAUAGAGGGAGAAGACAAGCAGCAAAGGUUGACGGGCCGCGACCCGAACUCAAAGACGGCCGCGCCAAGGACUGAGGCCUCCGGUCUGGGUUGAGCUCUGUACCCCUGCAUCACUGCCGCACUCAACGUCAGCUUUUUCUUAAAAGAUAUAUCAUAAGUAAAAUCAUUUAAUAAAGCUUCAAUAGAAUAUGUGCUAAGAAUGCUGAUGUGAUUCCAGUUAUAAUUUACUCCGAGGAUGAAGACAUAUUUGUCUUGUAUUAAAACCAGAUGGUGAUAUUUAUGAACUUUAAUGCUUUGCUAAGCGCCAGUAGGUAAAAUAUCUUUAUGUGCUUGUUGUUUUAUUAAUCAUUAUAUUAAAAAAUAUUUUUGUUGCCAUUUUUUCCAUUAUGUCAGUUUCUCAUAGUCAUGCUCAUUAUAUUCUUAACUAGCAUUUUUCAGACAUCCCCAUUUGUCUGCAUAAGUUAAUCAAAUUGAUGC